GGCCAUGAAAAUCAGUCGUAAGCUGGUCUACGUUUAGCCGUAUAUAAAGGAGGCGGCGGCGGACGUCGGACCCAAUCUGGUGUUUGGCCACAGACGUAGACUUCUUGCUCAUACUUCGACAUAAAGAAGAAUGGCGUCCACCAAGCUGGCACUCCUGCUGGUCGUUCUGUCCUGCAUUGAGAGCUGUCUGUCCACCCCGUGCGUGGUUGACAGCUUUUCCGUCAAACAGGACUUUGAUCCCAAUAGAUACUCCGGGAAGUGGUACGCUUUGCAGAAGAAGGAUCCGGAGGGUUUGUUCCUGCAGGACAACAUCUCGGCGGAGUACACUAUCGACGACGACGGCAGCAUGACGGCUUCCUCCAAGGGACGCGUCACCCUCUUCGGCUGUCAAAAAUCAAAAGUCCAUCAAAAAUGCUUCUGGGUCGUAUGCGCUGAUAUGGCUGCCCAGUACUCCGUCCCCGACCCCGCAACCCCUGGAAAGAUGUUCAUGAACUACCAGGGACUGGCCAGUUACCUGUCCAGCGGAGGGGACAACUACUGGGUGAUCGACACCGACUACGACAACUACGCCAUCACCUACGCCUGCCGCACCGUCAAGGAGGACGGCAGCUGCGAUGACGGCUACGCCCUGGUCUUCUCCAGGAACCCCCGCGGCCUGCCCCCGGCCAUCCAGCGCAUCGUGCGCCAGAAGCAGGAAGACAUCUGCAUGGUCGGACAGUUUCAGCCAGUGCUGCAAUCCGGAGCGUGCUAAGAAUGGCAAAGCGGGGGGGGGGAGCGGGCGGGCGAGCGAGACAAGAAGCAAAGCGGCGACACCAGGCUGCGGUUGUCGUGGCUUGAAAGCAAGAGUGAUGUGGAACAGAAUGUUUGCAUGGGACUGAUGUGAGACGAGCAUUAAACAAAAAAAAAAUAAUGACCACCUUACAUAACCUCAUACCUGGAAUCCAAGUUUCCGAAGUUGCUGUUUCCAGUGGUCUUCAAAUGAAUGUAACGUUUUUUUUUCUAAAACCACACCUGGCUUUGUUUUGUGAAUAAAAGAAGGUCUGAAACGUG